AGCAGUUGCUGAUUUACAGUUGCAGUUCCAGUUGCACUCCAUUCGCUCCAAACAAUGGACACACAAACGCGGCAUCGUCUCUACGUCGUUUUUGUGGUGAUCUUUAGGGUGUCGAUCAAUGGCGCCUGGCGAAUGUCACAGGCUGGCCUCAAUGACUCCAGUUACAAUGUGCGGCAUUUGUCCACACACUUUUCGCGAGUGUUUCUCAGCAUAAGUGUGACACACAAUGAUUUCCCCACGCUCAUCGAGGCACAGUGGCCAGUUUCAUAUUUGCCCAUGCGCACAGUGGUUUUUCCCAACAGCGAAACGCAUGCGAAUCGAGCCGAAGCAGCUGCGGAUUGCACACGCUUGCAGCAGACGCACUGGACCCAGGUGGACAGUCUGAGUAGACUGUGGGUCAUGGAUCUGGGCUGGCCGGAUGGCGGCUGUGCACCCAAGCUCUUGGUCUUCGAUCUGAUGCGCAACAAUGCGGAGCUGCUGCGCAUCGAUUGUGGUCAGUACAUCGAUGCCAAUGCCACGCAGAGUCUGGUGGUGCAGCUGGGACCCAAAUCGAGCAGCUGCGAGCUGGAACGUCAUAUAUACUUCAUUCAGGACAGCAGACCACACAUCUUGGCCUAUGAUAUACUGGAGCAAACGUGGCAUCAACGUGAUCUGAUGAGCAACAAGUACGAGAAUAUGCGACAAGCGUUUCCCAUUCGUCCCAUUGAUUUUACCUUUGGACUGAAGGGAGAACUGAUUGUCUCCGAUCAGGAUGGCGUGCUCUACAGCUCGGUGAAGCAACUCCAGUUGGCAGACUCCAACUCCGUUGCCUCCAAUUCGCUGUCGCUGCAACUGACUCGACUGGGAAGUCUUUUGGGUCCCAGUCGCAGCAUGUUAAUCGAUUACUUCGGCGCUCUCUUCUAUGUGAUGCCAAAGUUUGGCGCCGUUGUGCGCUGCGCCCAGCUGGCGAAUUUAACAGCCGAAGGCAAUGAGAUUAUUUAUCUAACAUCUAAAAAUAUACAGCAAAUUUUCUUUGGUGCCGAGGGCUCCGUUUGGGUGCUCAGUGAUCGAGUGUUGAAACCGCAAGACAUUUGUUAUCCGGGUGUGUAA